UGUAUAUCACCUUAACAGACAGAAACACACACCAGAUCCGGCAAGAUGAUGAUCAACCACUUUCUUCAGCAACCGAGAAGCAGAAACAUUUGCAACUAAAAGAAUUUCGAAUGAAACUCGAAAAAAUUCUCUCUUCAAAAUAUCAGAUCCAACAAAAAUGGCAACACCCUUUUUCGCUGGGCUUGCAGUGGCAGCUGCUGCACUUGCUGGUAGAUAUGGAAUUCAAGCUUGGCAAGCAUUCAAGGCUCGACCUCCUAAGCCUAAAUUUCGCAAAUUCUAUGAUGGUGGUUUCCAGCCUAAAAUGACUAGAAGAGAAGCUGCUCUUAUUCUUGGUAUUAGGGAGAAUGCGACAGCGGAUAAGGUCAAGGAAGCACAUAGAAAAGUAAUGGUAGCAAAUCAUCCUGAUGCUGGCGGUAGCCAUUACCUUGCUUCUAAGAUCAAUGAAGCCAAAGACACGAUGCUUGGAAAGACGAGGGAUGGUGGAUCUGCUUUCUAACAUAUCGGAGAUUCGUCAGAUUGCCUCCUUGGAGUAGAAAGUGGGAGUGGUUGGAAAUUCAUCUACACAAGAUCAACAGUGGAUUGUCGCCAUCGACAUACUCAAAGUUCAAUCUCAAAUUUGAUGUCAGGCUCGUCAACACUUACAAUGUCGAUCAUUUUGAUGUCUGAAUGUAAGUAAAACAUAUAGCUGAGGAAAUAUUUCCUACGCAAACAGACAACUCGACUUCCUGGAUGAGUAGAACCAUAGCUGUCUUGUCUUGGUCAGUUAUUAUUCAAACAUAUUUUAUCCUAUUUAAACAAAUAUUUAACAGAUUACAUUUUAAAAUUUAA